CAAUGGCGGGACGUCACAAAUUGGGUGAUGUAUGGAGGAUCCUUCUUAGGAACUCAGAAACAGCUGCCUGAUGAGAAGACCAUUCCGAAGAUUGCUGAACAACUGAAGAAAUACAAUAUUCAAGCACUGCUGAUCGUUGGAGGCUUUGAAGCUUUCAAUUCCGUUCAAAUCCUUUCUCAAUGGAGAGACAAGUUCCCAUCUCUCUGCAUUCCUAUGACAGUAAUCCCUUGCACCAUCAGCAACAAUGUUCCAGGAACUUCCCUCUCACUUGGUUCUGAUACUGCCGUGAAUGAAAUCUGUGCCCUCAUUGACAAAAUCAAACAAUCAGCUACAGGAACAAAGAGACGUGUUUUCAUCAUCGAGACCAUGGGAGGAUACUGUGGUUACUUAGCCACACUCUCAGCUCUUGCAUCUGGAGCCGACAAUGCUUACAUUUUUGAAGAAAAGUUCACCGUCUCUGACAUCAUUGAUGAUGUGAGAGUAAUCGCCACAAAGAUGGAAAAGGGUGUUCAACGUUAUCUCAUCGUCCGUAAUGAAUGUGCCAAUAAGAACUUCACUACUGAUUUCGUUCAACAAUUGUUCAAAGAAGAAGGAAAAGGAGCUUUCUCAACAAGGAUCAAUGUUCUCGGUCAUGCCCAACAAGGAGGAAGUCCAACUCCUUUUGAUCGUAACAUGGGAACCAAACUGGCAGCUCGUGCUUUGGAAUAUCUGCUGACGCAGAUAAAGGAUUCCAUGGUUGACGGAGUUGUUUGUGCAAAGAGCAGUGAAACUGCAACACUUUUGGGAUUGACAGCUCGCAGUGUU